GGCAUGGUGUGGAUAAAAGAGACCAAAAAGCAGGGGGAGGUUUCCAAAAAUAAAACCCUCCAGUUCCCCUUCAGACAGCCGCGGUGACCUGGAGGAGGGGGAAGGUGCGGCGGCCGUGCGCGCCCGGCUGGAGUCGGAGCGCCGACUUGAGGCACAGGGAGCGCAGCCCCGGCCGCUCACGCCGCCCAGCAGUCUCUCGGGGAGAGCCGGGCCCUAGCUGGCUGCUUGGGGGUCACUCUACACCAGGAGGAACCGGCCGCAAGGCGGGGACGGGAGAGCAGUCACCGGUCAGUCCCACGCACGACUACAAACCUCCGCGCGGUCCCCCCUGCGCGCAGCUCUCCAAUCUGCCAGGCGCCAUGAGGCGGUGGACCAAAGCCCGCUGCCUGUGGCGCGCCCUGCGGGACUCCUGGAGCGGCUUCCUGCCGCUCACCUUGGCUCUCUUCGUGGUCAUGGGUCAUGCCCAAAGGGACCCUUUGGGGAGAUACGAUCCUCCUGGCGGAGAAGCGAAUCGGCUGCGGCGCUACCCCGCAGCGGCUGCAGUCAAGGUGUACAGUCUGUUCCGAGAGCAGGACGCGCCCAUGGGCUUGCCUCCCGCAGAGCGGGCUCAGUUGGGCUGGGGGAGCCCCAGGAGGCCCUCCGAGGCGGAGGCCAGGAGGCCGCCCCGCGUGCCGCAGCCGCGGCGAUUCCAGCCACCUGCGCAGAUCCGGAGAAGCACUCUGGGCCAGCUGCAGCCCGCGCCCCGGCCCCGUGCCGCGCCGGCUCUUCCGCGCCUUGGGACCCCACAGCGGUCUGCGUCUGUACCCGCAACCCCACCGCGAGGGCGGCUCACGGGGAGGAACGUCUGCGGGGGACAGUGCUGCCCGGGAUGGACGACAGCAAACAGCACCAACCACUGUAUCAAACCUGUGUGCCAGCCACCGUGCCAGAACCGCGGCUCCUGCAGCCGGCCCCAACUCUGCGUCUGCCGCUCUGGCUUCCGCGGAGCCCGUUGUGAAGAGGUCAUUCCUGAUGAGGAGUUCGACCCCCAGAACUCCAGGACAGCACCCCGACGCUGGGCCGAGGGCUCACCCAAUCUGCGCAGGAGCAGUGCAGCCAGAGAAAGCCCUGUGGCCAGGACACAGCCACUGGCUCCACAGCCACCACUGGCUGGGACCCUGAAUGCACUCAGCCAGACUCGCCCCUCCCAGCAGCAAGUGGGACUGUCCAGAACUGUCCGACUUUACCCAACUGCUGCGGCCAGUGGCCAGUUGACUUCCAAUGCCCUGCCGUCAGGACCAGGUCCUGAGCAGAGAGAUGGCACCCAGCAGGGUCUGGACCACCUCUCAUCUCCCUGGGGGCUGAACCUCACAGAGAAAAUCAAGAAGAUCAAGAUCGUCUUCACUCCCACCAUCUGCAAGCAGACCUGUGCCCACGGGCACUGUGCCAAUAGCUGUGAACGGGGAGACACCACCACCCUGUACAGCCAGGGUGGCCAUGGGCAUGACCCCAAGUCUGGCUUCCGCAUAUAUUUCUGCCAGAUCCCCUGCCUGAACGGAGGCCGCUGCAUUGGCAGGGAUGAAUGCCAGUGCCCCACCAACUCCACCGGGAAGUUCUGUCACCUGCCUGUCCCGCAGCUGGACAGGGAGUCUCCAGGGCGGGGGUCCCACCGUGGGAGCCUGCUGGAAGCCCCCCUGAAGCAGUCCACCUUCACGUUGCCUCUCUCCAACCAGCUCGCCUCCGUGAACCCCUCCCUGGUGAAGGUGCACAUUCACCACCCACCCGAGGCCUCCGUGCAGAUCCACCAGGUGGCACGGGUACGGGGUGAGGUGGAGGAGGCCCUGGAGGAGAACAGCGUGGAGACCAGACCCCCGCCCCGGUUCCCUGCCAGUCUGGGCUACGGCUUCUGGGACAGCAACAGCAUCCCUGCUUGGUCUGGAGAGCCCCCUCGGCCACUGCCCCCCACAGCACCCAGGACUCGGAGGCUACUGGGCCGCUGUUACCUGGGUGCUGUGAAUGGACAGUGUGCCAACCCUCUGCUGGAGCUGACUGCCCAAGAGGACUGCUGUGGCAGUGUGGGAGCCUUCUGGGGGGUGACCUCAUGUGUCCCAUGCCCACCCAGACCAGCCUCCCCAGUGAUUGAAAAUGGCCAGCUGGAGUGUCCCCAGGGGUAUAAGAGACUGAAUCUCACUCACUGCCAAGAUAUCAAUGAAUGCUUGACCCUGGGCCUGUGCAAGGAUGCAGAGUGUGUGAACACCAAGGGCAGCUACCUGUGCACAUGUGGACCUGGCCUCAUGCUGGAUCCAUCCCGGAGCCGCUGUGUGUCGGACAAGGCCAUCUCCAUGCUGCAGGGGCUGUGCUAUCGGUCACUGGGGCCUGGCACCUGUGCCCUGCCUUUGGCCCAGCGGAUCACCAAGCAGAUUUGCUGCUGCAGCCGUGUGGGCAAAGCAUGGGGCAGCAAGUGUGAGAAAUGCCCCCUGCCUGGCACAGAGGCCUUCCAGGAGAUCUGCCCUGCCGGCCACGGCUACACCUACUCAAGCUCAGACAUCCGCCUGUCCAUGAGGAAAGCUGAGGAGGAGGAGCUGGCUAGGCCCUCGAGGGAGCAAGGGCAGAAGACCAGUCGGACGCUGCCUAGGCCAGCAGAGAGACAGCCACUCCGGGCAGCCACGGAGACCUGGCUUGAGGCUGGGACCACCCCUGAUGAGGGUGACUCUCUGGCUGGACAGGUCACCCCCCGUGUCACCCAUGUACCUGCCUGGGUCCCAGGGGAUGCUGAGGGAAGACCAACGCCACCACUGCCUGAACAGGGAACUCCAGGGAUCCAGGAAGAAGAGCAAGUGACCCCUUCUACCAAUGUGCUGAUGACCCUGGGCCCCCCAGGCAUCGAUAGAUGUGCUGCUGGAGCCGCCAACAUCUGUGGCCCUGGAACCUGCAUGAACCUUCCAGAUGGAUACAGAUGUGUCUGCAGCCCUGGCUACCGGCUGCACCCGAGCCAGGACUACUGUACAGAUGACAAUGAGUGUCUGCGGGACCCUUGCAAGGGGAAAGGGCGCUGUGUCAACCGUGUAGGCUCCUAUUCCUGCUUCUGCUACCCUGGCUACACACUGACCACGGCUGGGGCCACACAGGAGUGCCAAGAUGUAGAUGAGUGUGAGCAGCCAGGAGUGUGCUCUGGGGGGCAGUGCACCAACACCGAGGGCUCAUACCACUGUGAGUGUGAUCAGGGCUACAUCAUGGUCAGAAAAGGACACUGCCAAGAUAUCAACGAAUGCCGUCACCCUGGCACCUGCCCAGAUGGGAGAUGCGUCAACUCCCCCGGCUCCUACACUUGCCUGGCCUGUGAGGAGGGCUACAGAGGCCAGAGUGGGAGCUGCCUAGACGUGAAUGAGUGCCUGACCCCCGGGGUCUGCGCCCAUGGAAGGUGCAUCAACCUGGAAGGCUCCUUCAGAUGCUCUUGUGAUCAAGGCUACGAGGCCACCUUAGACGAGAAGGGCUGCCAAGAUGUGGAUGAGUGUGCCAGCCGGGCCUUGUGCCCCACAGGCCUCUGCAUCAACACUGAGGGCUCCUUCACGUGCUCUGCCUGUGAGAACGGGUACUGGGUGAAUGAGGAUGGCACCGCCUGUGAAGACCUAGACGAGUGCGCCUUUCCUGGAGUCUGCCCCUCCGGAGUCUGCACCAACACUGUCGGCUCCUUCUCCUGCAAGGACUGUGAUGAUGGCUACCGACCCAGCCCCCUGGGCCACACCUGUGAAGAUGUGGAUGAGUGUGAAGACCCCCAGAGCAGCUGCCUGGGAGGCGAGUGCAGAAACAUGGCUGGUUCCUACCUGUGCCUCUGUCCCCAGGGCUUCCAGCUGGCCAAUGGCACCGUGUGUGAGGAUGUGAACGAGUGUGUGGGGGAGGAGCACUGCGCGCCCCAUGGCGAGUGCCUCAACAGCCACGGGUCCUUCUUCUGCCUGUGUGCGCCCGGCUUUGCCAGCGCAGAGGGAGGCACCAGCUGCCAGGAUGUGGAUGAGUGUGUGACCACAGACCCAUGUCCAGGAGGCCACUGUGUCAACACCGAGGGUUCCUUCGACUGUCUGUGUGAGACUGGCUUCCAGCCCUCCCCAGAGAGCGGGCAGUGUGUGGAUAUUGAUGAGUGUGAAGACUACAGAGACCCAGUGUGUGGGGCCUGGAGGUGUGAGAACAGCCCCGGCUCUUACCGCUGCAUGCCAGGCUGCCAGCCUGGUUUCCACAUGGCCCCAAAUGGAGACUGCAUUGACAUAGACGAGUGUGCCAACGACACCAUGUGUGGGAGCCAUGGCUUCUGUGACAACACUGAUGGCUCCUUCCGCUGCCUCUGUGACCAGGGCUUCGAGACCUCGCCCUCAGGCUGGGACUGUGUGGACGUGAAUGAGUGUGAGCUCAUGCUGGCGGUGUGUGGGGCUGCGCUCUGUGAGAACGUGGAGGGUUCCUUCCUGUGCCUCUGCACCAGCGACCUGGAGGAGUAUGAUGCACAGGAGGGGCGCUGCCGCCCGCGGGGGACUGGAGGUCAGAGUAUCCCUGAGGCCCCAACAGGGGACCAGCACCCAGGGUCCCCCCGUAUGGAAUGCUACUCUGGACAGCCCGGCCACCCACCCUGCUCCAGCAUCUUGGGCCAGAACACCACGCAGGCCGAGUGCUGCUGUACCCAGGGUACCAGCUGGGGAGAUGCCUGUGACCUCUGCCCAUCUGAGGACUCUGUUGAAUUCAGUGAGAUUUGCCCCAGUGGUAAAGGCUACAUCCCUGUGGAAGGAUCCUGGACAUUUGGACAGACCAUGUACACAGAUGCCGAUGAGUGUGUGAUGUUUGGGCCUGGUCUGUGCCCCAAUGGCCAGUGCCUCAACACGGUGCCUGGCUACGUCUGCCUGUGCGACCCUGGCUACCACUACGAUGCCUCCCACAGGAAGUGUGAGGAUCAUGAUGAGUGCCAGGACAUGGCCUGUGAGAAUGGCGAGUGCGUGAACACAGAGGGCUCCUUCCAUUGCUUCUGCAGCCCCCCACUCACCCUUGACCUCAGCCAGCAGCGCUGCGUAAACAGCACCAGCAGCACAGAGGAUCUCCCUGACCAUGACAUCCACAUGGAUGUCUGCUGGAAAAAAGUCACCAAUGACGUGUGCAGCCAACCCCUGCGUGGGCACCGCACCACCUAUACGGAAUGCUGCUGCCAAGAUGGCGAGGCCUGGAGCCAGCAGUGUGCUCUGUGCCCCCCUAGGAACUCUGAGGUCUAUGCUCAGCUAUGCAACGUGGCCCGGAUUGAGGCAGAGCGGGAGGCCGGGGUCCACUUACGGCCAGGCUAUGAAUAUGGCCCUGGACCCGACGACCUGCACUACAGUCUCUAUGGGCCAGAUGGGCCCCCCUUCUACAACUACCUGGGCCCUGAGGACACAGUCCCAGAGCCCCCGUUCCCUAACACAGCCAGCUACCCAGAGAACCACACACCAGGCCUCGAGUCUCCCUUGCAGCCCUCAGAACUCCAGCCCCACUACGUGGCCAGCCAUCCAGAGCCCCUGGCCGCCUUCGAAGGGCUGCAGGCGGAGGAGUGCGGCGUCCUGAACGGCUGCGAGAACGGCCGCUGCGUGCGCGUGCGGGAGGGAUACACCUGCGAGUGCUUUGAGGGUUUCCAGUUAGACACGGCGCACAUGGUCUGCGUGGAUGUGAAUGAGUGUGAGGACUUGAACGGGCCUGCUGUGCUCUGCGCCCACGGUUACUGCGAGAACACAGAGGGCUCCUACCACUGCCACUGCUCCCCAGGUUAUGUGGCUGAGGCCGGCCCCCCACACUGCAUUGCCAAGGAGUAGCAGUGAGGUGCCAGCGUGGGCAGCUACCUGGAAACAGCUUCCAGCCACACUCCGGGGCCUUGAGGAUGCUUUCCUGCUGGGAAGAUACCAUGAGACAUCAGGCCAGAGGUUCUGCCUUGCCUGCCUUCAUCUCUCCCAGCAGAGCCCCUGGCUGUGAGCUUUCAUCACUGCCUCCACGCCCUUGCUUGGCUCACAUACCACCAGUCGCUUUCAUGCUUCAGCCACUGGCCAGGAGGCCCAGUCCACCACCUGUCUUGACCUUGCCAUGGGAUGCUAACCAAAGGAUGGCCCUCACUCACCCCCCUCAAGCUGUGCAAAUGUGCAAGGUCCUGUGGCCUCACACUGCAGACACCCCUUUCCAGCCAUGAUCUGCUUAUCAUCCCAGUGAUUCCACAACUGGGACAGAGGAUACAUCUGCCCUGGGAGGGUUCUUCAGAAUCUAUGGAGCAAGAAAGGGCUUGGGGGAACUUGGGGACUGACUCCAAUGCCCCCUCCCAAGAACCAUCACCACCACUCAACCAGUCUGGUCUGGGCCCUGAUUGUGUGGCAUCUCCAUCUCAUAGCCAGUUUUCUGGCCCCAAGGAGCAGCAGAAGAUCCCCUCACUCAGAGAGGCAGGACUGAUAGUAGCUUGUUGAAUAUAAGAGGUACAAAUGAAGAGGAACAAAGAGCCUGAAAAAGCAAGAAGGCAGUAUGAAAAAUGUGCGCAGUUGAUAAGGGGGAGCCAAGGGUUUAUACAAAUCUAAAGAAAAUAUUAAGUAGCUUGCAGUAAAUUAAUAUUCAACACCCACUCGGUGAUAGCCCCUGUGCGCCAGCAGCAAGGGCUGCCACAGGAUCGAGCACCAUCUCCACAGAACACUGCACAUAUACCGCUUCUUACAGGAAACAGACCUCUGCUGGGUAAGAGCCAGUUUGAUGUGCUAAAAACAAAAAGGUCCAUUUUCCAGGGUGGUCUUAUUCAGAGGAAGCCAGAUUUCCAAUGUUGUUCUUCCUUCUACUUAGAAGCCCUUGCCCUCCUUCCCUUCAGGUAAUGGAUGGCAGGCUUCCUUCUGAGUUCACAUGCAGAAACUCACUCCAAUCCAGGCUAGCUGGGAGUGCAGAACCAAGGUGGAAUAAAGAAAUGUACAUCUGAGCUCUUCUGUUCUUGUUUUUAUUUCAUAUUAGACCAAAUUUCUUUACCAUGUUGGCUAAGUCUAAAUAUUAUGAUGAGGCUGUGCCUAGCUUCUCCUGGUCGGGUCUACUGACAAUUGUGUUCCAGUGGGUAAGUGUUCUUUACUAUUAAAAGACAAGGCAAGCUCCAACUUUGCAUUUCUCCGAUGAAAGGCAAUGUCAAUGAACAAGGUUUCGUGUGACUAGAGACAUGGAAAUGAAUGCAACUUUCUUUUUUGUUGCAGUUUGGCUGGGGCCAGGUUUGAAUCCACCACCUUCGCUAUAUGGGGCCGGCGUCCUACUCACAGAACCACAGGCACCGCCCAGAAUGCAACUUUCUUAAUCUGUCCUGUCCUACCUGCUCCUCUGAUUGUCAUCACAUAAUUUAUCCAAUGCGUGUUUUGUGCCAGGCACUGUGUUGAGUACAGUACACAAAUUUUACUUAAUUGCCCAAAUAAUCCCAUUUACCAU